UGAUAACACCAGUUGGAGUUUUCCAUUGCUCAGCCCAAGAGAGUCUAUAACAGCUGUGCUCUACACUAUGCUGAUUAUAUUGCCUUUAUUCCGGCUUUAUUUAUAUUGCUGUACUUUUCAUGUCGUAGUUAUAGACUGUUUAUGUAUUGAUAAGGCUUUACUACCAUGGUGAGUCAAAUGGUGGUAAUGAACAGGACCAAAACCUUUCAGAGAGCUGUAUGUGUCCUGAACAGCCUGCAGAAUAAUGGACGUCAGAAGAAACCAGGCCUGCAGCUCCAGGCCAUGCAGGGAUUCCUCCAUCGCACUGGCAUCACUGUGAGUGAACUUGACAAACUCAACAUCAUCCAUGUCACUGGGACCAAAGGAAAGGGAUCAACGUGUGCUUUUACUGAAAGAAUAAUCCGGAAUUAUGGCUUUCGCACAGGGUUUUACAGCUCUCCACACUUGGUUCAUGUCAGAGAGAGAAUACGCAUUAAUGGAUGGCCAAUCAGCAAGCAUCUUUUUACCAAGUACUUUUGGGAGGCUUAUGAGCGACUCGACGACACAAAGGAUGCCAAUGGAGGCACCAUGCCCUUCUAUUUCCAGUUCCUGACGCUACUGGCCUUUCACGUCUUCCUGCAGGAGAGGGUGGAUUUAGCAGUGGUUGAAGUGGGGAUUGGAGGGCAGUAUGACUGCACAAAUAUAAUUAGGAAGCCAUGGGUGUGUGGGAUCACAUCUCUUGGUUUUGAUCACUGUAGUCUGCUGGGUGACACAAUGGAGAAGAUUGCUUGGCAGAAGGCUGGGAUAUUUAAGCCAGGUGUACCAGCUUUUACUGUCCGGCAACAGCCCAGUUCCCUGACAAUCCUGCGGCGCAGAGCUGAAGACAUCGGGUGUCCUCUGUACAUCUCUCCUGAGCUGGAUCAGUAUGAAGCUGCGGUCGGGCCCGUGAGCCUGGGACUGUCGGGGAAACACCAGCGCUCAAAUGCAUCCCUUGCCCUGCAGCUCAGUUACAGCUGGCUGCAGCGCCACAAAGCCGAGGAGAAAAGAGGUGGUCUCAGCUUAGUUCCUGCAGGCUGCAGACUGAGCUCUCAAGCUGCCGUGUUCCAGCCCAGCACAGCCAUGCUAAAAGGUCUACAGGAAACAGAGUGGUUGGGACGAAACCAGACGCUGAAGUGUGGCUCUGUCACAUAUUACCUGGAUGGAGCACAUACCACAGCCAGUAUGCAGGCCUGCGUCUACUGGUUCAGACAGGAGAUGAUUCAGAGGGACCAGACUCAGAGCGGUGCACUUAAAAUCCUGCUCUUUAACACAACAGGAGAGAGGGACGCUGCUGCUUUACUCAAAGUGCUGCUGACCUGCCAAUUUGAUUACGCACUCUUCUGUCCCAACGUCUCUGAAACACCUGCUGACAAAACAGCUCAUCACAGCAUCAGUGUGUGUGUGCAGCGCCUGCUGGCUCACUGCAGAGAAAACCAGAGCAACUGGCAGAGCCUGAACGCAGCAGAAACCAUCCAUCAUCACCGGCGCCACCUGGUGACCAGCCCUGUGAGUCACAGCCUGGUAUUCCCCUGCAUCCUAAGCGCCCUCCGAUGGAUAAACCAGAGAGAACAGCCAGUGUUGAAACCCGCUGGAUCAGUGGGCUCCACUGAGUUCUCUGACAGGCUGGGAGAGACGGGCACCUUGUCUGUGCUGGUGACUGGAAGUCUGUACCUGGUGGGAGGAGUGCUCAAACAUCUGGAGCCUGCAUUGGACUCAUGACUGAUCUGAACCUUUACUGUAUCACUGCUGACUCAGGAACGUAGUCUCUUUGAUAAACACUCUACACUAAUGGUUUACAUUCAACAGUUACAUACACAGUUAUUUACACAGUUUGUACCACAGUCACUCUGCAGCAGUAUUUCUAUAAUUUUCACAUGUGCAGACAAAAUCUGUUCCACCCAACCGUUCAUUGAUAUUCUAGUUUUAUAAAUAAUAUUUUGUCCUCGAACAAUCCCAGGACUGUUUUUAGAGAUUCCAAAGAUCACCUUCAUAGUGAUAACAACUCCUACACGAUAUGUUAGCCAGGGGAUUUCUCAGGGUGUCACUAUGACAUCAGGUAAUGAAGCCAAACGUAUGUGCAGCAUUUACAACAUGUGGCUUGUUUCUUUAUAAAAAUGAUUUGCUACUGUAAGGUUGGAUCAUACGGUUAUGGCACAAACUUGUGCAGCAAUAUUCACAGUGCAGGCCUGUUUUUUGAAGAAAAUAUAGACAGAAGGAAAAGAUACAAAUCUAAUACUGGUAACAAAAACUACAAAAAUAAAAUAAAUUUAAACUCAUCUCUGCAUUAGGCAAUGCCCACUUUAACUAUUGGGCCCUUUCAGUUUCCACUGGCUUGACUCUGUUCCAGGUAAGAUCAUCUCACACUCUCCUCCUGGACCUCCAGCCUCCACCUUUUUACUGGCUGGGUCUUUACAGGGCACAGUCACCACUUGAAAGCUGUGUCUCUGUUUGUAUGGUUUAAUAUGAAACUCACAUGAUCUAUUUCAAUUAGACUACUGACUUUUCUACUACUAAAUCUACUAAGAUUUUUAUUAAAUUGUUUUAAAAAGUUAAUCAUGGAAUAAAGUCAUCCUGUGAGUGCAUAUUCAAGUCUGUCUCCCUAUACAAAUAAAUCGUGGCAGCAAAUAUGUUUUGGAAAUGCACUGCAUGUAUUAGCAAUGGAUUCAGAGUGCAGUCGGCCAAAGCACAUGACUGUCAGUGGCCAGAGCCCACAUCCGGGUCCUACCUGCAGCCAGGGACAUGCAACAAAUGCACCAUCACUGGAGAUGGAUCAUAGUUUGUUUUUGUGUGUGUAUGUGUAUCCUGAAGUCUCAUGUUCAGGCACAGUUGGUAUAAUUCAGAUAUCUGAACAUUGUCACAGAGAUGUAUUAUAUGGUGUUAAACAUUAAAGAAACUGCAUUCUU